CGGAACGCCGUUUCGUCUUGGGAAGUUGGACCUCAUCGUCGUCACCCGUCCAACCCGCUUAACACUCCCACCAUCGCCCGUUUCGUCGUCUGACGGCCUACCCUGCAAACGUGGAGCUCUCCUGCUAAGCCUGUCUUCCCCUUCAAAACAUAUAGCGCACAUCCAUAAUGUCGGGCCUUCCCGCGGUCGUGAUCGACAAUGGAACCGGGUACACCAAAAUGGGCUACGCCGGUAACAACGAUCCUCAGUUCAUCAUCCCCACCGCCUUGGCGUUCCGUGACGGCCAGCAGACCAGCAGCAACGUCUCGGCGAAACGCGGCAUUGAAGACUUGGACUAUUUCAUCGGCGACGAAGCCCUCGCAAACUCAAAGACAUACGGAAUAUCCUACCCCAUCAGGCAUGGGACUGUUGAUAACUGGGAUCACAUGGAGAAAUAUCACCAGGCUUCCCUGUUCCAUAAACUCCGGUGCGAGCCAGAGGAACACCACUUUCUGCUGACCGAACCACCGUUGAACCCUCCCGAGAACCGAGAAUACACCGCCGAAAUCUUUUUCGAAUCUUUUGGCGCAAAAGGCCUGUACAUCGCGGUGCAAGCCGUACUCGCUCUGGCCGCCAGUUGGACAAGUGGGAAGGGAGAAACGACUUUGACGGGAACGGUCAUCGACAGUGGUGACGGUGUCACGCACGUCAUUCCAGUUGCCGAAGGCUACGUCAUCGGCUCCUCCAUCAAGCACAUCCCCAUCGCCGGUCGCGACAUUACACAAUUCGUCCAGCAGCUCCUCCGUGAGCGCGAAAACAGCAUACCGCCCGAAGACUCCCUGGAAGUUGCCAAGCGGAUCAAGGAGAUGUACUCCUACGUCUGCCCGGACAUCGUGAAGGAGUUCCAGAAAUACGAGGCGGAGGGUGACAAGUACUUCAAGCGACACGAGUUCAUUCACAGUGUCACCAAGAAGCCGUAUACAGUGGACGUAGGCUUCGAGCGUUUCCUCGGGCCCGAGAUCUUCUUCAACCCCGAGAUCGCCAGCCCAGAUUUCUUGACCCCACUCCCUGACGUCGUCGACCAAGUCAUCCAAAGCUGCCCCAUCGACACAAGGCGAGGAUUAUAUAAGAACAUCGUCCUCUCCGGCGGCUCCACGAUGUACAAAUCCUUCGCUAAGCGUCUCGAGCGCGACAUCAACAAGGUCGUCGAGUCGCGAUUACGGCACUACGAGUCCGUCUCGCAGGCCAAGCUGGCCCGCGACCAGCAUAUCCAGGCGCGCAAUAUCGAGGUCAAUGUCGUCAGUCAUAAGAAGCAGAGAUAUGCGGUGUGGUUCGGGGGGAGCUUGUUGGCUGAUACGGCAGAGUUCCACACAUACUGCCACACGAAAGCGCAAUACGAAGAGCACGGCCCCAGCAUUGCGCGUUUCAACAAGGUGUUUGCGUCUAUUAUGUAGUACCGACCAUAAAAAAAACUUCUCGCCACAUAUAUACCUCCUGUACUUUGCCCCGCCCUGUGUCUCAACCUCCCUCACUUGGUAUCUGAACUUGCGCGUCGUUUUGUGGGGUCUUUUCCUUGGUUUGUUUACAGGUUUCUGGAGGUUUGGUUUGCGGAGGGAAGAAGCCCGAAGGUGGGUGACGAGAUGAUUGGCAAGGUUUUUUCC